AUGACAACAGCGGCGGACCCAGUUUUGUUUUACGCGAAGGUGGCAAAGAUUGGGACGGAUGGCUCAACUUUGGACCGCAACGUGUAUGUCACAUCAUCAGCACUGCUUGUCUGUCUUCCCGCGGGCGGAAUCACGCGGACUGUGUCGCUUGCCAGCGUUCUGGAGUUGGAAGUUGCAAAGGCGGACAUGGCUGGCAAGCCGCGGUGCACGAUACAUGUGAGCGGUGAGUCACUUCUUGUCCUUAGCUUUGCUCAUCAAAACGAGGCAGACGACUUUGCCGAAGCUGUCUCCACGGCGGCGAGUAACGUGAGGGUGGUGCACGUUGCUGGCACACCGGUGCGUGCGAAACACGUCAAGUUAGACGUACAGCAAGCUGUUCCGAGAGGAGUGCGCUUCGUUGAUCCACCAGCAUUACCCGAGCCGUCCUCGUCGUUUGCAUCAUCGUUAGCCGCUGUGAACAACAAGCGCCACCAAUUAUCGUCGUCAACGUCUUCCGUGGGUCCGGGAAGUUCUGCUAGUGCCCAGACCUUCGCGAAGCCCAGUGAAGCAUUAGAUAUGGUCGGAAGGAGGCCAGCGGUAGGCCUGACGGCCAACAGUACAUUUGGUAACAUUGAAAAUUCCAAGGCGCCCCCCGAGGGGCACGUCUCUUCCUUUUGCCGUGAAAAAUUCUACGAUCCGCAACAGGGGGGGAGCCAGGAUGGGAGUGGUACCUCGACCGGCGCGGAUGACCUCAAGCACCCAACGGGGAGCUCCCUGUACACCAGCAAUAUAACACGACUAAUGACAACGCCGCACGGCAAAACAAGUGGGCAUAACAUUUCUUUGUCGCAGGAGGAUGAGGAUCAUGAAGCGACUCAAAAUGUUGCUGCAGCCCUCCAUGCUCAACGAGACUCACCUGCAAAUCUGAAGUUGCGUCUCUCAACAGAUUUGGAGUUGCAAAAACAGACUGUGAGUCGUCUCAACAGCGAACUACAAGAAAAGAACGCGUUUAUUGAUGACCUAAAGACGGCAUUGCGCUCACAAGAAGCCGUGUUUCAGGAGAUGAUACGGUCCACCGAGCAGCAACGUUUGAUGGAAAGGGCUAAAAACGAGUUGGAGAAACAAGUGCUGGUGCUGCAGGCGGAGGUGAAACACUGGGAGAAUCUCAGCAAACAUAGAGAAUCUGAGUAUAGAAAGGAGCUAGCAACGAAGCUUGCGGAGUUGCAUGAGUCGCAUACGAAGGAAGUAGAAGCGGUGCAGGAGGCCUUUGCGCACUACGAUGCUGAGAUGACAGAGUACGUUUCGAGUCUCUUAAAGGACAUUGAACGUGAGGCAUGCAGCUGGGGGAAACAGGAACGAGUGCUUCAGCGACAAAUAGAAAUUCAACAGCAAGAAAUUUCGGAACUGACGGGUGCCCUUGCGUCGCGUCGGGUUGUCGUGCCUGAUCCCAUUACUUCGACUUCUGCUGUCGCCGCUGAUGAGGCAAAAAAGGACACCGGAGGGGCUGCUGAUGGUUUGGAUGGAGAUGGCAAGGUGUCGCCAUUGCCGCGUGGGCAUGAGACAGUGCGAAUAUCUCAGCGUCCUAUCCCGUCUGCGCUCACAAUGCCAGCAUUGGAGCAACGGUUGGCGUCACUAGAGGAGGGGCGGGCACGGCUGCGGUUGGGUGAAAAGCUGCGCCGUUACGCCCACAGGCGCAGUUAUGAAACCGCAGGAGUGUGCUUUGGUGGUGGUGAGACCCGAGAAGGGCAACAUGAACGUGACCGAUUGAAAGCUGAAGUGGGGGUCGGGGUGUCGUCGCUGUUGGUGUCAGCUGGCGAGUCUCGCACUGUCCGUAGUCGCGCCAUUCUCUGA